GUGCAGUGGCCCGAGCGCCCGACGCCAGCUGCAGCGGCCGCGGGCGCGAGCAGGUCCACAGCUCACACUCCUAAGAGACAGCGCACUUGAGGGAUUCGGUCCUCCUCUUUGAGAGCCCAGCCCUGCACAGAGAGCGCAUGGAGCCCAGCGCACUCGUGGCCAGCCUCUGGUGGGGUAGCAUGCUCCUUCCGGGCCUGUAGGGCACUGCCCUGGUCUGGCCACCAUGGCACGUGGUUUCACAGUGGGCUUUGACCCACUGGGCUUAGGAGAACUUAGCUCAGGAUCUCUGAGUUCUCUCUCUUCCCGAGGCCACCUGGGCAGCGACUGUGGUUCCACCGCAACGCGAUACCUGCUGAGGAAGCAACAACGCCUGCUGAAUGGGCCCCCCCGUGGAAUUCGAGCCUCAUCCCCCAUGGGCAGAGUCAUUCUCAUCAACUCCCCCAUCGAAGCCAACAGUGACGAAAGUGACAUCAUCCACGCGGUGCGGGUGGAGAAGAGCGCCGCAGGCAGGCUGGGCUUCAGUGUUCGGGGUGGCUCCGAGCAUGGCCUGGGGAUCUUCGUCAGCAAGGUGGAAGAAGGGAGCAGUGCAGAGAGGGCUGGCCUGUGUGUGGGGGACAAGAUCACAGAGGUGAAUGGGCUGAGUCUGGAGAGCACCACCAUGGGCAGUGCCGUGAAGGUCCUGACCAGCAGCAGUCGCCUGCACAUGAUGGUGAGGCGCAUGGGCCGUGUGCCAGGCAUCAAAUUCUCCAAGGAAAAGACCACAUGGGUGGAUGUGGUGAACCGGCGGCUUGUGGUGGAAAAGUGCAGUUCCACACCAUCGGACAGCAGCUCAGAAGAUGGUGUAAGACGCAUCGUCCACCUGUAUACAACCUCUGAUGACUUCUGCCUAGGCUUCAACAUCCGAGGGGGCAAGGAAUUUGGCCUGGGCAUCUAUGUGUCCAAAGUGGAUCAUGGCGGGCUGGCUGAAGAGAAUGGCAUUAAAGUAGGAGACCAAGUCCUGGCGGCCAACGGUGUCAGGUUCGAUGACAUCAGCCAUAGUCAGGCCGUAGAGGUACUGAAGGGCCAAACCCACAUCAUGUUGACCAUCAAGGAAACUGGCCGGUACCCUGCGUACAAAGAGAUGGUUUCUGAGUACUGCUGGCUGGAUAGACUGAGCAAUGGGUUGCUGCAGCAGCUGUCACCAGCCUCCGAAAGUGGCUCCAGUGUCUCGUCCUAUGCCUCCAGUGUCCCCUGCAGCUCGGGCUCUCUCCCCUCUGACCACAUGGAUGUCUGUCUUGGGCCUGAGGAAUCCUGCAGCCAUGGCCCAGGCUGGGGCCGGGCAGACACAGCCAUACAGACUGAGCCAGAUUUGGGGGGCCAUGUGGAGACCUGGUGCAGUGUGCGGCCCACUGUCAUCCUCAAAGACACAGCCAUCCGUUCCGAGGGCACCUCUUCUGCCUGCCGCCUUGACUCUGCACUCUCACAGUCUCCCAAGACUGCUCUGUUGCUGGCCCUCAGCCGACCCCGGCCCCCCAUCACACGCUCCCAGAGCCACCUGACCCUCUGGGAAGAGAAGAAGCAGCGGAAGAAGGAGAAGUCGGGGUCUCCUGGAGAGAAGGGGGCCCUGCAGCGCUCCAAGACACUGAUGAACCUCUUCUUCAAGGGAGGGCGACAGGGGCGGCCAGCAGGGGAUGGGCACAGAGAGGCCUGGACACUGGACAGCAGAGGCCCCAGCAAAGCCCGCCCUCGCCUGGACCUGGAGAAAGCAGGGGCCGUGGGGCCCGUGCAGAAGUUUGUCACCUGGAGACUGAGACGAGACCGGGAGAGAGGCCGGGCCCUGCUCUCUGCCAGGUCUGGAAGCCCCUCCAAUCAGCUGCCCAAUGUAGAUGAGUGGGUACAGGCCUGGGAAAGUCGUCGACCCCUCAUCCAGGACCUGGCCAGGAGGCUGCUGACUGAUGACGAGGUGCUGGCAAUCACCCGCCACUGCUCCCGGUAUGUACAUGAAGGAGGUGUGGAGGACCUGGUGCGCCCCCUGCUGGCCAUCCUGGACAGGCCAGAGAAGCUGUUGCUGCUAAGAGAUAUCAGAAGUGUGGUGGCCCCCACGGACCUGGGCCGCUUCGACAGCAUGGUGAUGCCUGUGGAAGUGGAGGCCUUCGAGGCCCUGAAGAGCAGGGCAGUGCGGCCACCUGCUUUGAGACCAGCCAGGCAAGACACACCACCCAAGCGUCACCUCAUCACCCCUGUGCCUGACAGCCGUGGAGGCUUCUACCUGCUUCCUGUCAAUGGCUGCAAGGAGGAAGAGGAUGGGGAGCUGAGGGAGCAGCUGGGGGGCCUCAAGGUCUCUCUGACUGCCUCUGCCCCCCACCACCACCACAAAGGAAUCCCCCCUCUACAAGAUGUGCCAGUUGAUGCCUUCACCCCUCACCAAAGUACAUGCACAUCCCCUCCCCAGCCACCCCCUGUAGCUCCCCGACCCCCAAGACCUAACUGGCUACUGGCCGAACCUCCAAGCCAAGAGGACCCUCAGCAGAACCAGAACCAGGCUUCUUUAGCUCAAAGCCGCAGCCGAAGUCGGAGUCGAGGCAAGUCCCCCGGGCGCAGGCGCUCCCCUUCCCCAGCACCUAUUCCAACUGCCAGCACAGCCAAUGGGCGCUACCACAAGCCUCGCAAGUCCAGGCCUGCAUUGCCACGUCAUGUGGAUGGACAGGUAGUCAAGGUGGGGGCCAGACAAGGGCCCUUGGAGAAUGGGACUGGCUGGACUGUUCAAGACACAGCCAUGAAGGCCACCACUGGAGAGCUGAGGACAAUCCAGCUAUCCAAGAUGAAGCAGUCUUUGGGCAUCAGCAUCUCCGGGGGCAUUGAGUCCAAGGUGCAGCCCAUGGUAAAGAUAGAGAAGAUCUUUCCAGGGGGUGCUGCCUUCCUCAGUGGGGCACUGCAGGCUGGCUUUGAACUAGUGGCGGUGGAUGGAGAGAGCCUGGAGCAGGUGACCCACCAGCGGGCAGUGGACACUAUUCGCCGGGCUUAUCGAAACAAGGCUCGAGAACCCAUGGAGUUUGUGGUCAGGGUCCCUGGACCUGGCCUGUUGCCUUUAUUCUCUGACUCAUCAGCCCUCAAGGAUCAAGGCCUUCCUGCUGACCAUUCUUCUGCCCACAGACCCCUUGAUGCCACUCCCGCUUCCCACCCCUCCCCCUCCCCCUGAGGAUGGGCUCCUUUAGCAGCGGACUCUCAGCCCAGCCCUUCAGGCAACCCAGAUUAACCCCACAUCUCCUCACUUAAGGGUCCCCAUGACCCUUCCUACUGACCUCGGAUCCUCCCAAUGAUCCCAAGUCCCGCUGCUGCCUCUGGGUUCCCUCCUCUGGAUUCAGGCACCUCUGCUAUGUCCCGCCUCCUUACUUGGAGCACCUCACUGGUGGCUCUGAUAGCCCCACACUCUCAUCUCCCAGCUGUCAGCAAGGCUGCGCCUCUUCAAGAUAAACUGGCUGUCCAAGGACAGGGUGCUAGUGGGUAACCUGGGUCACCUGCACUCCCUGCUCCCUGACCUACUGACAGGGAGCAGACAGACUCAAGGUCUGAAGCCUGGAACUGAUGGGAAAUUUUCUCAUGAUGCCCCUGACUUCUCUAAACUUUGAGGGACAGACUGAGAGCCCUUGAAGGAUCAUGCAUUCAACCUGUCAGUCCUAAACAAUGUACAAUGCAAAGGGCAGAAGGGAAAACUUUUCUAGUUCUUCAGGCACUGAGAGAAUUCAAGUUGUAAUCCACUAGGACUAGUCUGCUGGAUUUUUCCACACACAGCUCUCCCCCAACAGAGCUUUAGGAGUAGCAGCUGCAUAGCCAGUAAACAGAGGGAUGUGGUUCACACAAAGCUCCCUUGCAUUUGUUUAUCUAACAUAUUUUUUUAAAAAAACAAUUUUUUAAAAUUUUUUUCUUUGGGUUUGUACAAGAAAUUUACAGGGUGGAAAAUAUACACGUGAAAACGAGGCCAUAAACCUGGGUGUCUGGGAGGGACUGCUUGGUCACAAACACAAAUAAACAAGACAUU